CCCCACAGCAGCGCGGCCGUUGAAAUGUCUGCUCUCGCGAGAUGAUGCCGGAGCGGACGGCGGCGACGAGAUUUGCUGGCUGGAGUUGCUAUUUGUGUUGAAGAAGGAGGAGGAAAAAAAAAAAUUUAAUAACAAUAAUAAAUCCCCCCCCCUCAAAAAAAAUAACAAAACGGAGAAAUCGGGAGGAGGAGGGGGGGGUCUGACGAGAGAAGACCGAGGGGGCUCGCCACGAUGGCGUCGGGCGACACGCUGUACAUCGCCGCGGACGGCUCCGAGAUGCCGGCCGAGCUGGUGGAGCUGCACGAGAUCGAGGUGGAAUCUAUCCCGGUGGAGACGAUCGAGACGACCGUGGUCGGCGGCGAGGACGAGGAGGACGACGACGACGACCCCCAUCAUCAUCAUCACCACCACCACCACCAGCCCAUGAUCGCCCUGCAGCCGCUCGACGCCGACGUCCACCACCACCAGGAGGUGAUCCUGGUGCAGACCCGGGAGGAGGUGGUGGGCGGCGAUGACUCGGACCUGCGGGCGGACGGCGGCUACGACGACGACCAGAUCGUCAUCCCGGUACCGACCCCGGUGGGGGAGGACGAGUACAUCGAGCAGACGCUGGUGACGGUGGCCGGGAAGAGCACCGGCGGCCGCGGGAUGAAGAAGGGCGGCAGCGGCAAGAAGAGCAGCAAGAAGAGCUACCUGAGCGGCGCCGAGCCCAGCGCGCGGAAAUGGGAGCAGAAGCAGGUGCAGAUCAAGACGCUGGAGGGCGAGUUCUCCGUCACCAUGUGGGCCUCGGAUGAUAAGAAGGACAUUGACCAUGAAACGGUGGUGGAGGAGCAGAUUAUUGGCGAAAACUCUCCACCCGAUUACUCUGAGUACAUGACGGGAAAGAAACUCCCACCUGGGGGGAUACCAGGCAUCGACCUGUCGGAUCCCAAGCAGUUGGCUGAAUUUGCAAGAAUGAAGCCAAGGAAAAUUAAAGAAGAUGAUGCCCCAAGGACGAUUGCCUGCCCCCAUAAGGGAUGUACAAAGAUGUUCAGGGAUAACUCUGCAAUGAGGAAACACUUACACACACAUGGUCCACGGGUACACGUCUGUGCAGAAUGUGGAAAAGCCUUUGUGGAAAGCUCCAAGCUGAAGAGACACCAGCUGGUUCAUACUGGCGAGAAACCAUUUCAGUGCACAUUUGAAGGCUGUGGAAAACGUUUCUCAUUGGACUUCAAUUUGCGCACUCACGUGCGGAUUCACACCGGCGACCGACCCUACGUGUGUCCAUUUGACGGCUGCAACAAGAAAUUUGCUCAGUCGACCAAUCUGAAAUCUCAUAUUUUAACACACGCCAAAGCCAAAAAUAACCAGUAACACUUCACAAAAUUGGAAAGACGUCUUGGCCUGCGCAGCAUCUUUGCGGGUGUUUGACAGCAAAUACGCCUUCCCUUUGUACGUGAUUUCCAGGGAUACAUUUUAAAAGAAGCCUACUCCUCACCCGAGACAAUUUUGAUAAAAGUACUGUUGUCGACUUCAGUGGAAACAACUCUACAAUCCAGUGCUUACGAUGCUCUGUUACCCCUGCUUUCCGGUUUUCAAGUGUAUUUUGUAAAGUGCCCCCCACCCCCUCUCUUCCUUCCCACCCACCAGGAGAGACGUGUCCCGUAUUGACAUCCAGACUUUCCUCCACCAUAAUAAAAAUCGGACGUUUCACCUCCACAUAGACGCUCACCUGUUCCUGAAUUAUUUUUUAUUUUAUUUUGUAAUUUUUUUUGUUUUUGUUUUUCCAAGUGUGCAUAUUGUACACUUUUUGGGGAUAUGCUUAGUAAUGCUAUGUGAUUUAAUUCUGGAGGUUGAUAACUUUUUUCGCUUGCAGUAGAUUUUCUUUAAAAGAAUGGACAUUUACUGUACUAAAUGCAUACUUCAAAAGUAUUUUUUUUCCUGUAAAAAUUGAAAAAAAAAAAACAAGAAAAAAAUUGAAAAAAGGAGAAAAACAGUCUUUAUAAUAGGUUUUGUUUGCUAUCUUUAUUUUGGUUGUGUUUUUUUUUUUUUUUUUUUUUUUUAGAUAACACUUUUUUUUUUUUUUUCUUUUGUAUAAUUGUACCGUAUAUAGCUGUAUUGAAAUCAUGUAGCACCGAAUAGUAGACGUGAUUUAAGCUAGUAAAAUCCAUUUUAGUCACUUUUUUUUUUUCCCCCCCUCGGGAGGGCGUGGGGCGGCAGGAGUUACACUGCCGGAAGCUGAUGGUUUUAUUUGUUAGGUCAGUUACAGAAACUGGUGCUCGGUUGUAGAAUGUAAUGUAUAGACCCCAACCCCCCAAUGUUUUUAACUGCUUGCCAUGAGCCAAUAUAAGAACAGGAUUGACCUAGACAGCAAGUAGCUUUCCUUCCCACGGACCCCCCCAUAAUGAAUUUGGGCAAAAAUCCCUAAUUCCUUUUUUCCAAAAUCGCCCCCUUUUUUUUUUUUUUUUUUUUCUUUGUCCAUUAAUGAAUUAACUCCUUUGUCCCAGUAUUCGGCACUGCUUGUACUUCACGAUAUCGUAGCUGUUGAUGACUAGUAGGUUUAUAACACAGAGAUUGCCGUCUAUCCACUAUUAACCUGAUGUACAGACGAUACGCAGCGAACAUGGCGACACCCGACCCUAGUGUUGUUCAGGAAGCAACUGCAUGGAGAUCUCCGCAUGAAGUUGUGCCUCUUCCCCAUCCUCCUCCAUUAACCCCUUGCUACACGUGGGAGGGCGUUCCAGCCCGUGUGCCUCCUGUUGACUGGAUACCUGCCUUGAUUGGAAUUGUUGGUCAUGAGAGUUUCCUACCUGUGUUAACUACCACCAGGCGUACUUUUGUAUUUUAAUACUGUAAAUACAUUUAUUUCCCAA